AUUCGAUUAAUGAUUCCGUCAGUCGAAACUUGAACGACUCCCGACAGCGUACAACUCAAGCCGACGAGCACUCGCCGUCGUGGAGAUUUUGUGAUGAUCUGAUCGUCCAUAACGACUGACUUCCACUCCUUUAUCCCGCCAACUCUGCGAACUUUUCUGUGUUUCGCGCGCCAUUCUUUAUCUGCGAACCCCACCCCUGAAUUCUACACUACCGCCGUGUAGCGGAGAAGAACACGAUGUCGGAGAGAGUAACACGGUCGAAGACUGGCAAGACACCGAGCAAACCCUCCAAUCCUGGCUUCGUCGAGACGCCCGGCCGAAGGAAGUCUCAGCGCAAAUCGAUUGUCCCUGGCCGUGAGGCAUCUGCCACCCCCGAACCUCUGUCGAAACUCGACCUCCAGGCCAAUGGUGCAGAGUAUGGACAUGCGAAUGGAUUCUCCACGGGCAUUGAGAAUGAGUUUGCUAAUGGAAACGUCAACGGAUACGCCAACGGGCACGCCAACGGGCACACCAAUGGGCACGCCAAUGGACACGCCAAUGGACACGCCAAUGGACAUGCCAAUGGACAUGCCAAUGGAAAUGCCAAUGGAAAUGCCAAUGGAAAUGGUCAGAUGAAGACAGACCCAUUCCCAUUGUCCAAUGGAGUCAUCGUACCCAAUGAUGGACCAACGGCCACAAAAGACGAGAAAAAGCUCGCAAAGGAACUGGAUCGAUUCCCUAAGACGGACGUAUCCGGUGCUAGCGAGUUUGGAGGCUCUUUGGGCAUGCUCUCUAUGAUGAUAUGCUUUCCCAUUCUCAUGUACUACAUGUGGAUCGGAACGACCUUUUACGAUGGCAAGAUCCCAACCCCGGCGCCUGGCGAAAAUUAUGGCAAGUUCUUGCAACAUCUCUGGUAUCUCGUUAGGACACACGCUUAUCCCAGUCACCGCGCUUGGUCAAUUUACUGGUAUUUUGGACUUACUCAGAUGGCUUUCUACAUGCUUCUUCCUGGUGUCGUCCGUCACGGUCAAGCUUUGCCACAUCUUGGUGGUAAGCAAUUACCGUACUAUUGCUCCGCCAUCUGGUCAUUCUACACGAGCAUCGUACUUGGUUUGGUCCUACAUUUCACGGGUUAUUUCAAACUCUGGACGCUUGUAGACGAGUUUGGCUCUAUCAUGUCUGUUGCCAUAAUCUCCGGGUUCCUUUGCUCCUUCAUUGCUUAUUUCUCUGCCCUUGCCCGUGGUGCUACCAUUCGCAUGAGUGGUUAUCCUAUCGUGGACUUCUUCCUCGGAGCAGAACUUAACCCAAGACUAUUUGGUAUUCUUGAUUUUAAGAUGUUCCUGGAGGUCCGUAUUCCGUGGUUUACUCUCUUCUUUCUUUCUCUCGGCACCUGUUUGAAGCAGUACGAGGACUACGGCUACGUCUCGGCAUCGGCAGCCUUUUUGCUCUUGGCACAGUACCUGUACGCAGGUGCAUGCGCCAAAGGAGAGCACUUGAUCAUCACAACUUGGGACAUGUACUAUGAGAAGUUGGGUUUUAUGCUGAUUUUCUGGAAUAUGGCCGGUGUGCCCCUUUCCUAUUGCCACUCUAUUCUAUUUAUCGCCCAUCACCACCCGGACACUUACCAGUGGCCGACUUGGUUUGUCCUGGUUCUUGUGGUCCUCUACCUGGGAGUGUAUUACGUUUGGGACACCUGCAACAGCCAGAAGAAUCAGUUCAGACAAGAGGAGAGGGGUGCCGUGGAUGAGCGCAAGACUUUCCCUUACUUCAAGUAUGGCAAGAUCCACAAUCCUCAGGUCAUUGAGACGGCCCAAGGAAAGAAGCUCCUUUGUGACGGUUGGUACGGAAAAGCUCGCAAGGUUCAUUAUGCCUGCGACUUCUGGUUUGCUCUUAACUGGGGCCUAAUUACUGGCUUCACAUCGCCAUUCCCGUGGUUCUAUUCAUUUUUCUUCUUCUGUAUGAUUAUUCACCGGGCCCGUCGCGAUAUCGAAAAGUGCCGCCAAGCCUAUGGCGAUGCAUGGAAGGAGUAUGAGCGGAGGGUCCCAUACCUUUUCAUUCCUUAUGUUUUCUAACCCCUUCGCGAGUCUGGUCCUCUUCUCGUUCUCGUUCUUUGACUCUUUUUUGUUCUUUCGAUUGCUGUAUAAUACACUUGUACCGUAUACGCUCGUCUUUGCAUGGCUCGCUCCAUAGUAUCCAUAAUUUAUAAAGUAAUAUCCAUAGUGCGAUGGAUGCGGGUAUUGUUGUUCAAUGGUUGAGCCGGAGUUUGAUUGCAUGACUCGUAUUUCUGGUAGACCUAUAACGGAAACGAAAAUGUCUCGCAGAUUAAUAAUGCAAAAUGUACCAGCUCUCAUCGAUUGAAGCUAGGAAUGUGUGGUGUGGUAGCUCUCGGACACUCAGCAUACGUUCAAAUACUUUGGUCUAUUCACUGACGGAGGCAAAC